AUGUACGAUUCCUUAAGGCAUGUGGUAGGGAGACUCUGGGAAAGUGAAGAGGGUAGUCAGUGCGGAGGAAACGUCAGCCUUCUUCCAAAUCUCAGACUGAUCAAGAAAACUACAGGAGCUAAACCAUGGGGAUGCAGUGCAUGUGGAAGAGCCUUCACGCAUCAUUCAUUGCUGAAAACGCACAUUACACGUCACACUGAACAUAAAACAUAUGACUAUCAAAAAUAUGGAGAGAAGCCACAUAAAUGUAAAGAAUGUGGGAAAGCCUUCACUUACCUCACUUUACUUCAAACACAUGAAAGAACUCAUACUGGAGAGAAACCCUAUGAAUGUAAAAAAUGUGGUAACACGUUUGCUUCUUCCAGUUCUCUUCAAAUACAUGGAAGAAUUCAUACUGGAGAGAAACCCUAUGAAUGUAAGAAAUGCGCAUUCACUUCUUCCAGUUAUCUUCAAAUACAUGAAAGAAUUCAUACUGGAGAGAAACCCUACAAAUGUGAAAAAUGCAGUAAAGCAUUCACUUGUUCCAGUUAUCUUCGAGUCCAUGAAAGAAGUCACAGUGGAGAGAAACCCUACGAAUGUGAACAAUGUGGUAAAGCGUUCACUUCUACCAGUCAUCUUUCAAUACAUAAAAGAACUCAUACUGAAGGGAAACCCUAUGAAUGUAAGAAAUGUGGUAAAGCAUUCAGUUCUUCCAGUUCUUUUCAAAUACAUGGAAGAAUUCAUAUUGGAGAGAAGCCCUUUGAAUGUAAAAGAUGUGGUAAAGCCUUUGGUUAUACUGCUUCUCUUUCAAAACAUGAAAGAAAUCACACAGGAGCAAAGCUCUAUGAAUGUAAAAAAUGCAGUAAAGCAUUCACUUCUUCCAGUUCUCUUCAAAUACAUGAAAGAACUCACACUGGAGAGAAGCCCUCUGAAUGUAAAAUAUGCAAUAAAGUCUUCACUGCUUCCAGUUCUCUUCGGGUCCAUGAAAGAAGUCACAGUGGAGAGAAAGCCUCAUGAAUGUCAGGAACGUGAGACAGGCUUUACUUCUCAUACAAGCUUUUGAGGAUAUGCACAAAUGCACAGGAGAGGAUAAACCAUGUAGACAUAAACAAUUUGGAAAGACUUUUGUCAUCCCAGUUCUUCCUGAAGGCAUGAAAGGACUCACUUGAUAAAAACGUCUUGAAUGUAAACAGCAUGAGAAAGACUUCAAUUGGCCUACAUCCUUCUAUGUGAAACUCCCACCAAAAAGAAAUGUAAAUGUAAGUCAUGUGAGAAAGCUUCAUGGAAAUUAAUUUGUAUAUAAGGUUGUGGAAAACGUUCAACAUGAAAGAGUUGUUAUAAAAUAAAUAGAUUGUAUCUAUCAAGCCUUUCUUAAAGUGCCACAUUGGCUGUGGAUUUCUAUUAAUUACUUCAGAAAUGAAUAUUGAGGUGAGAUGAUUCAGCUAGUCAUCCUUCAUAAAUAGUAAAUAAGAUUCAUAGGUAGUGCUUUUCCGUUACGUCAGUUAAUAAUAUUUUAUCUUUAGUUUUUUAAAUAAUGUUUUAAUUGUUCUGUGUUAGGGGGCUAUUGAAAAGUGGCGGUUUGUAUUUGUCGUGAUUUUCUUACUGGCCUUGUAUUACAGUUCCUGCACGUGCCUCAUCCAUUGUACAUAUUGUACAUGUUUCAGAGAAAGCUCCUUUUUGGGGGUGGUGGGUGGAGGAGCCUGUUUUUA